GAAAACACUGAUAUGUAUCCGAAUGCAUUAUCAAUGUACCUUCUAAAGGAAGGCAAAUGGAAGAUUCCAAAAGAACAUAUUACGAAGUCAUUUAACCAACGAUCCAUCGAGUAUAUUUACGAGAAGGAUUUGACUGCUGAUUUUAAACGUGGAUUGUGGUUAGAACUGCAGAAUGACACACAUAUGGCCUUCAGAUCUCCCAGAUUGACCGAACUUGGUGAAAAGAGAGAACGCUCCAGAUGUGUUAAUAGUUCUGGCGGUGACAGUGAUUACGACGAUGAUAGUGAUGUUGAAGAUAUUGCAUUUAAUGAAUACGAUAGCCACAUGGACAAGCCAGAAGGAAGAAGAAAUGCAAAAGAACUGAAUGUGUCAAUAUCUGAAUUGUACGGGCUUAUAUUUUUGGCCCUUUUACAAAAACAGUAUUGGAAUGGAGCCAAACAGUUAAUUGAAACUGGAUGCUGUUUGCAGAAUCAAAUGAAUGCUAUUAACAAGAACAUCACUUUUGAAACAUCUUAA